AUGUCUUUCUACCCGCCAGGCGCCGUCGACGGCCGUCUUAAUGGCUUCGAGUUCACGUUUGAAGCCAUCCCUGACAAGUCAUCCCUACACGACAGCCACAUAGAAGUCGAUCCCGAUCCUCAUGAGGCCUAUGUAUUCCCCAACGACCCUGCGGAGCAGGAGCGUUUAGACCUCCAAUCGCUGGCUCUCACAGAGCUGUUUAGCGGCAGGUUACACUUUGCACCGAUAGCCGCAGAAGGGUCUCCCAAACGAGUCCUUGACGUUGGCACAGGGACUGGGGCGUGGGCCAUGGAUAUGGGUGACAUGUACCCGGAAGCCCGCAUCAUUGGGGUCGACUUGUCGCCGAUCCAAAGUAACGCCGUCCCACCAAACGUUCAUUUCUAUAUCGAAGACGCCGCCCAAUCAUGGGCAUGGCCCGACCCCUUUGAUUACAUCCACACCCGCGUCCUGCUUGGUUCCUUUGGCGACUUCAAGAACGAGGUCAUUCAGCAGGCCUUCGACUCCCUCCGCCCGGGUGGCUGGCUCGAGUCCCAGGACUUCAACCUCGAGGCCGUCACUGACGACGACACCCUGAAGCCGGACGCCCCUCUGUCCCGCUGGAUCUUUGACAUGAACUACGCGAGUGAGCUGAUCGGCCGCCCCCUGUCGAGGUCGCAUCUGCUGCGGCAAUGGUACGAGGAAGUCGGCUUCGUCGACGUGCGGCAGCGGGUGUUCAAGAUCCCGAUCAACGGGUGGGCCAAGAACCCUCGGCACAAGCACGUUGGGAAGCUCUGGGAGCAAAACUUCCUCGAUGGCCUGAGCGGGUUUAGCAUGGCCCUGUUCACGCAGGUUCUCGAAAGAAAACAAGAGGAAGUGCAGGUGUCGCUGGUGGACGUGCGCAGAGACAUCUCCAACAUGCACAUACACGCCUACCAACACGUCUGGGUCGUCUGGGGCCGUAAACCCUUCCCGGGCGAAACUGUCCCUCCGAGGAGUCCAUCGGGGGACAGGGACAUGGCUGAGUGA